CUGAGGGAGAAGUAGAGCGCCCUCUUGCGGUCAUUAAUAAACUUUAAGCUUCUUCUGUUAAAGCCUCAGAAGCUCUGCACUAAAACGUAGCAGCGAAAAGUCUACUGAAAAAAAGGAUGUCCCUGACGAUCAGCAGGGCCGAGGGGGUGACGGUGUACACUGUACACUCCAACCACAAAAGUAAAUGGCCGAUCUUCUGCCAGAUCCUGGGUACCCUGUGCUACAGCCCCGUGUGCUCUGUGUCUCAGAGACUGAAGCACCAGCUUAGCUGCACUCUCACAGUGCUGGCGACUAUACAGAUCAUGGUUGGAAUAAUGAAUCUGGGCAUCGGGUCUUUGUUUCUAGCCUUUUUCAAACCCGGAUACCUUGGUUCUGACCUCCUUUGGCUAGGAGGUGUGGUUAUUGCAAUUGGAAUAUUGUGUAUCCUAUCAGAAAAGUUUCCAAGCCCAUGUCUGAUUGCCCUGACGGUGCUGAUGAACAUAAUGAGCGCUGCAUUAGCUAUAACCUUCAUUGUGAAAUAUUCAAUGGAUUUGGCUACAAGACCUCGCUGGUCCAAAUGUGAAGAUCCUGCAGCUAAUGAGGGCUAUCGGUAUUCCUGGACAACUCCAUCUCCCACGAAAAAAGCUAUGUUGGAUGAAAUAUUUGAGAAAAAACUAGAGGACUACAGAGUUUGUAAGGAAAACUGGCUGAUUAUUCAGAAUCUCUACAUUUGCCUGGACAUACUGAUGAUCGUCCUCGCUGUUCUUCAUCUCUGUGUCACCAUGAGCUGGUGUUUUCUGAACAUAAAGGCGCUGUGCAAGAAGCAAGCAGAUGCACAGGACAUUGAGGAUCCAGAACUUUGCAAGCAUCUCAUGAAGGAGGAAAACCCCGAUCCUGUGUCUUAGAAACCACCACACCACUAAAUACAGUUAGACUUUAAUUACUCUCCUCUGCGUGUCAUUUAUAUACACUUUCCACACUGUUAUUAUAUUCAUUGUUCAUUUGCAUGCCAUUUACAUUACAGAUGUUUUUUUUUCACCUUUUAUAUCAAUCAACACAAUACACUUUUACUAAAAUAUAAAUAUAUGUAAAAAAAAAAUAAUAAUAAUAAUAAUAAAUAAAUAAAUAAAUCGUUAAAAAUCUA